AUGACCGACAGCGGACGCCAGACCAAGGCGGCUCGUCCGACGCCGCUAGACGUGCUCGCGCUUCCGCACGUCGUCGAGGCGAUUGCCACGGGCUUGGACAACCCGUACGACUUUCGCUGCUUCCUCGACGCGGUGCCACGGGUGCUCUGGACGCCGGCGCUCACGGCCUUUCUCGACUGCAACACGGUGAUGCCAUCAUCGGUCAUCACCAAGUGGCCGCGCAUAUUGCUGCGUAGCAUGGAGUUGCCGCCUUUUGUCUUGACGCUGGUCGCGGCGACGCUGCCGCUGCGUCCACGCAUCGAACUCCGGGGUGCGAUCCGGGACGCAGCGCCACUACUGGCCUCGUUCGUCGCCGUCCUCGGACCUGCGCUCAGCAGCGUCACUCUCAAUUUCUUCAUCGGAUGCACGGUCCAAGGCCAAGCCAUUAGCGACCUCCUCUUGCAGCGCUGCCCACGUCUGCGCAAAGUGACUAUCAUGUGCUUUACUUUGUCGGAGAACGAGACCGUCGAGCUCAACGAUCUGCUUGCUGUCGUCGCCCACCCGCAUGUCGAAGAUUUGGAUAUCUCCCUGCCGGACAUGACCGCCACGCCGCGGCUCGGGCACCUCUUGGCAACGUGGCUUUCGACGGCACCAGCGACGAUCCUCCAAUUGGCCAAUGUCACCCAGAUGGACCACGAUGGGGCCAUCGCGUUCUGUGAUGCGCUCCAAGCCAGCGCGACGCUGCGAGAGCUCACCAUGUACAACGCACCUGCCUUCGGUGGCUUCCACGGUCGCACGCUCCCAGUGUCGUUGAAGACCUUGGCGUGGGAGAGCCGCCCAGACAGAGUCGUCGACGUCACAGCGCUGACGGACCUCGCGACCGCCGUCGGGCCCACGCAGCUCAAGCGUCUCUAUUGCAACGUCUUUGGCCAGUUGGCGGCAUGCUCGGCGGCGGCGCCGAUGCUGUCGCAACUGCAGUGCCUCAUGGUCUCCAGGUUGCACGCCGACGACAUGCCGGCAUUGAUCGCGGGCUUGUCGUCGGUCCCAGCGCUGACAUCGCUUCAUCUUCCCGAUUGCGACCUCUCUUCGUCGACGGAGCUGCUCCUGGAGACUCUUGCGACGACGUGCAUGCAUCUCGAGUCGCUCGAUAUCUACAGUUAUCUGUUGACGCGGCGGGAGGUCGUAGCUGUCCUCUCUCGCACGCUGGACCUGCCGCGCUUGACGUCGCUGAGCAUCCGG